AUGCCACCUGUUGAGCACCAGCUCCAUGAGGAAUUCCAUAAGGAUGAUGAUCUGUUUGAAGUAAGUGGCGGCAGCAAUGCUGACAGGGCAGAUUCUGGAAGUGUCAAACCAGCACGGCCGCGGCGCGUGCGCCGUGCGCGCGGCGCCUGCGCGCGGGCGGCGCGGCGGAGGCGCGGGAGCGGCGCGCUCAGGGACCGGCCGGGCCGGGCCGGCACCGCCGCCGCCCUGCAGGGCAGCCCCGCCGCCGCUCCCGCCUCCUCCGCCUCUUCGUCCUCCUCCUCGUCGCCGCCGCAGCAGCAGCAGCUGACGCUGCUCGUGAUGCAGCCGGGCGGCGGCGAGGAGGCGGCGGCCGGGGCGGCGGGGGUGGUGCUGCAGCCGAGCGCCGACCCGCAGCUGCCGCCCUCCGCUAGCGGCGGCCUCAUGGUGUUCUACGAGCUGGGGGCCCCCGGCGAGGUGGAGGUGGGGGAGGAGGAGGUCGAGGCGGCGGGCGGCGAGAGCACGGCUAGCCUGGAGGAGCUGGAGGAGGAGGAGGCGGCGGUGCCGGGGGCUGCGGGCGGCGAGGCGGCGGCGGGCGGCGAGUGCAAGAGCUGCACGUACGAGGGCUGCAGCGAGACCACCACGCAGGUGGUGAAGCAGCGCAAGCCCUGGAUGUGCAAGCGGCACCGCAACAAGAUCUAUAAGGACAAGUACAAGCGCAAGAAGAGCGACCAGGCCCUGGGGGGCGGCGGGGCGGCGGCCGCGGGGGGCGGCCCGCGGGCCGAGGACAGUGUUGAAGGUUCAGUGUCUGUCACAAAGCAGAGACCGGGAUCCAUUGGAGAUCGCCCAGCAAGACCUACUCUUUUAGAACAAGUAUUGAACAAAAAGAGGCUGUCCCUACUCAGAAGCCCAGAAGUAGUGCAGUUUCUACAGAAACAACAGCAGCUGUUAAGUCAACAAGCUUUGGAGCAAAGGCAGCAACAGUUUCAAGGAGCACCUGGGUAAUGAGGAAAGAUCAAUGAUCUACAGAUGAGUCUGGUGCUGAAGGAGGGACAGGAUCUGUAUUUUGUAUAAAUACAAAGAAUGUCAGUGUUUAAACAAAAAUGGAAGUUGCUGUUGUUACGUAUUUGUUUCUUGUUUGCACUUUUGAGGUUUUGAGCUGCUUGGGUGUCUGCAGACUUGUGAGCAAAUCAUAGAAUGGCCUGGGUUGUGUUACGGAAACUUCCCAAUCUGACCAUUCACAGGACUCUCUGACAGUCACUCUCCCCUUGCUAGAGACUUCAACUUCUGGGACCAAAGCCCCUUCACUGCGGGUAGCUCCAGUGAUCUGACAGGUGACCCACUUGACUUCCUGCACACCUGGUUUGCAGUCAGACCAGGUUUCCUUCCUGGUUUGACCCCAGGUCUUUAUGGAGCCUUGUUCCAUAAAGCAAUUUAUUAACAAUGUAAUAGUACAGAAACAGCCUGGGCUCGUGCCUCUGAGGAGGUAUCUCAGACCAAGGAGCUCCUGGGCUUUUAUACCAUCACAGUCUAAGGCAAGCCUUGCUCUUCCUCCUUAGUCUUCCCUUCUGAGUCUUCCAUUCCUGCCACGUCCCUGUAUCCAUUCACCUGGCUAGCCACUCACCUUCAUGUCUUUUGUUAUACAAAGAGUUGGCAGUUCACUGCUUCCUGUCUUCACUCCCACCCAGAGCUCAAUUUGCAUCUCAAUCUGCAUCUCUAACUGCAGCUUACAAAUCAGCUACCUGCACCAGAUGUAUUCCUCAACAGUUGGAAGGGACCCUGAAAGAUCAUCAAGUUCCAACUCCCCUGCUGUGAACAGGGACACCUUUCGUAAGACCAGGUUACUCAGAGCUCUGUCUACCCUAGCCUUGAAUACUUCCCAGGGAGGGGGUACACAUUCCCAGCUUUUCUGAGCAACCUGUUCAGUACCUCACAGUAAAGAAUUUCUUCCUAAUACCUAAUCUAAAUCUACUCUCAGUGUGAACCCAUUCCCCCUUACUCUGUCCCUACAUGCCCUUGUAAAAAGUCCCUCUCCCAUCUUUCCUGUAGGGUCCCUUCAAGUAAUGGAAGGCUGCAGUUAGGUCACCAUGAAGCCACUGCUUUUCCAGGCUGAACAAUCCCAAUUCCCUCAGCCUUUCCUCAUAGGAGAGGUCUUCCAUCCCUCUAAUCCUUGCGACCCGUCUCUGGAUUUGCUGUAACAGGUGGAUGUCCUUCCUGUGUUGUGGGUUCCAGAGCUGGAUGCAGUCGACCAGAAGGGGAUUUUACCAGAGCAGAGGGGCCAUGAUGGGUUGACUUUGGCUGGACAUACAGAUUUAUAAAUUUUCAUUAACUGCUAUCCCCUGUCCUUUUUACAGAUAGGUAUUAUUUUCCCAUCUCCAUUCUCCACCCCUUCAGAUGUCCAAAAAUCAGGCCAUGACUUAGAUUACAUCAAGAUGGGUGCUCAGGACAGGAGAAGCAGCACACUUAAUAAUUGGACACUGGUGUUGGCCCUGUGCCUCCCACUCUCCUUAUUCCUCACAAAAUUAAUGCUUCAUCAGUUCCUGUCAUUUUUGCUGCUUUACUUUUGCAACAUACAACUUACACCAUAAAUUGUUUUCCCCUCAAGGUUUAAUCUCCUUGGAGCACACAUCGUGUCUCCCCAUCUUUCUGCAUUACCCACCAAGUACACCCAGGUAUUUGAGCGAAGACAAUCCCAUACAUGGGUUUGCCUUUUCCUAUGUGGAGAGGAAUCCACCCCGAUUUUCCCAGCCACUUCCCAUGUAUGGUAUGGGGACCUUAUCUCCUCCCCCAGUGUGUUGGAGUUUUGUUUGGGCAGGACCAGGGAGGUUUGCAGAUCUGGUGUUAACCAGCCAAGUGGCUUCUGUUCAAUUUACAUCCCAAUCCUUCCAUGCCCCAUUACCUAACACUUAACACAGUCUUCAGCAGUCUGUUAUACCACACAGUAUAUCCAGAAGGCUUAUAGGUGACAAGGGAUGUGAUCUCCACUCAAUGCCAUGUUUUUUUGCCCAAGAGUUUAUUAGGUUGUUUUGAAAAGUAGUCCCAUUGUCUGAUUCGAUUCUCUCUGGGGUACCGUGUUGCCACAAAAUGUGUCUCUCAACACCUGAGAUGGUGUCUUGAGCAGUGGCAAUGGUUUACAGGGUAUGUUGCCAGCCAGCCAGUUGUUACUUCUACUACGGUGAGUGUGUACCAUGUAUUUGGCGUGUUCAUGGCAGUGGUCCAGUUUGCCAGGCCUCACCAUACUGGAAACCCAGCCGCUGCCCUCUAAUCCAGGGAAAGUUUUCUUCAGUGGCUUGGUUGAUUGCAGCAUAUGCUUCUCAUUCAUGAAUGAUCUGUGCAAUGGCCUCCAUGGUCAGGUCAGUCCCUCAUUGAUGAGCACAUCUGUUUGUUGCAGCUGAUGUUUCAUGGCCCCAUCAGGUUAUAAAUAGCUCACCCUUCCACUCCCAGUCCAAGUGUACCUAAGUAAAUUCAGUUUUGGCAGCCUUAUCUACUUGUUGUUCAGUGGAGUGGUUUUUGGGCAUGUGAACAUCUCCCUGAUCUACCUUUCCAGUCAUGGUUUUGACCUGUGCACUGAUGUCCUGCCCCAGUGUAGGUGCAGUCCAGCCCAGAUGGGUUUAUCCUUGCAUUCCCAAUUGGUCUUCCAUUUUUGCAGCCACCUCCAUAGGGCAUUAGCCGCCAUCCAGGAGUCAGAUAGAGGCAGGUCACUUUUCUCGUUCAGCAAUCUCUCGGGCUAUUUCAGAUGGCUUUCACCUCUGCAAACUGGCUUGACUUGCCUUCUCCUUCAGCAGCCUCAAUGACUUGUCCACCUCUGAUGGUUUCCUGCCACACAGCAGGAUCCAUCACUAAAUAGGGCAUAGCCUCUUUCAUAUUCUGCUAACUCAUUGUGUGGGGGUGCUUCUUGUGCACAAGUCUCCUUCUCUGACAAUGCUCCAAAAUCUUUUCCUUCUGGCCAGUCCAUGAUUUUUUCCGGAAUUCUCAAUUGAGGUCAUGUAGUGCUACUCUCUUACUCCAUGUAGCACUGGCUGCGUGAUCUGUUAUGGGGAUGUUUCCUUUGAAAUCUGGAGAAGUCUUCCAAUUAUUUUUAAACUUUCAUUUUAAUAUUUAAUUUGUUAAUAAAACUUGUUUAUGGUAGCAGUGUUUAGCUGUACACCCUUUUCUACCAAAACUAUAAUAAAUUAACAUUUUUCUAUAUAAACAUUUACAGUUAAGUCAGUCUUUGAUGACAAUCAUUGAUGGAAGUCAGGUACUUUCUGUGGACAUUGUGAAACAAAGUUCUGAAGUUGAGUUAGUCCAAUGGCAUUACCUAACAGCAAUUGCUCAGGGAUGUGAGAAAUUUAUGUCCUGUAGAAUCUUGCACUAAAGGCAAAGACAACUAGCCAUCAAGAAGUCAAUCCAGCAGUUCAGAAAAGUACAAGCAGGUGAUCUGUUUAUUACCUGCAAGUUGAGUAGGUUUGAAUUGCUUCAUUGUGCAUAGCAUGUAAAAGAAUUUGCAUUUAAAAGUUCCUAAAGUGAUAAAUGGUGAAAAGCUUUAAAAAGUAUCAGGGGAAAAGUAUGAAACUGAGAGUUUGACCUUGUUACAUGGAGUUAUUUGAAAUUACUAACUUCUUAUAUGUAAAAUGUAACUUAAUUACAGAUUAGAAUACCACUAAUUUUUAAGUGACUAAAUUAAAUUUUGAAGUUUUUAACUCAUAAUAGUAAAUAAUUCAAAAUCUAGUCUACCUUUUCUUCUCAGAAAGGUAUAGUUAAAAUUCUUUUAUUAAGACUACAGAUCUCUAAUCAGCUGCAGUGCUAGACUUCACAGAUUUUCAGCCAAUUAAAAUGAACUUGCAAUUGAUUGGGUUAAGAAUCCAAACACUAAAUUACAUAAGUGUUGAAUCCCAUGUUUUAUUUAUAAAAAUCGUUUUGUAUUAAGCCACAUUUCUGAAUAGAGGUUAUCCAAAUGGGUUAGGUGCUUAUUAUCAAGUACUAUUUUAUAUUGCAGCAGUUUGGUCUACUAAAUAAUAUUUCUUCAGCAGUGUUUGUUAGUCCUGUGGAUUUUUACAUGCUCUGCUUUUUUUAUGUACACAACUUGUUCUGUAGGGAUUUAUUGUAUUUAGCAUUGUGCAAGUUGUUCUUUAAAAAAGAACUUGAAAAACUUUGUAUAAGCAGUUCUGGACCAAUAAGUGAGUAAAAUUUCUGUUUUUUCUUUUUUUCUUUAAA